AUGCAGUAUCAUUUGUUUCAUCUUGCAAAUCACCAUGGAUGAGAAGAUGAGGGAGGUUGCUCAAGUGGGAGAUGUCCAUGCCUUUUAUGCGCUGAUUCAGGAGAAUCCAUUUGUUUUGGAGAGCAUUGAUGGAUUCCCGUUCAUUGACACUCCACUGCAUAUAGCUGCUUUUGGAGGGCAUAUUGAUUUUGCUAUGGAAAUGAUGAACUUGAAGCCAUCAUUUGCAAGGAAGCUAAACCCAGCUGGGUUUAGCCCCAUGCAUCUUGCACUAUUAAAUCACCAAACUCUUGUAGCACGCGAACUCUUGAAAGUUGAUAAAGAUCUUGUCCGUGUCAAGGGGAGGGGCGGUUUGACUCCCAUGCAUUUCGCAGCUAAAAAUGGAAACUUGGAUCUUAUGGCUGAAUUUCUUGAGGCGUGCCCCGAAUGCAUCACAGAUGUGACCAUUCAGAACCAGACUGCCUUACAUAUUGCGGCCAGCAACAAUAGCAUUGAAACUCUGGAACUCAUGGUUUGUUGGCUUCAAAAGACCACCCACAAAUACGCUAACAUUUGGAAUAAACAAGUUUUGAACAAGAAAAAUCGGGAAGGAAGCACGGUUCUACAUAUAGCUGCAUCCAUGAAUCAACCCCAGAUGGUAAGAUUGUUAUUAAAAUGUAAGGCGAUCUCCAAGAACGAAGUCAAUUUGAACGGCCAAUCAGCUUUGGAUAUGUUACAACGCCAAGUUAACAACAGCAAAACCGCACACAUUCUUUGUGAAGCUGGAUGUAUGGAAGCUGAAAGAAUUCCUGCACGUCAAACAUUAGCAGAGUCAUUGAGAUCAAAAAUGUCUUGGUCGGAGACAUUCCGAAGAACAAUGGCUUGUCAGAAUAACAAGAUAUCUAGUGAUAUGAGGAAUGCUAUGCUAGUAGUAGCUGUACUGAUCCUAACAGCUACAUACCAAGCAUGUCUUAGUCCCCCUGGAGGUGUUUGGCAGGGUAACAUUGAUACUAGUAGUACCACUGACAAAGGCAACAUUGGUUUCAGUAACAGCACAACAUUCGGUUUACCAUUCACUAACAGUAGUAAUGAGGUCAGCGUCAAAAGCAAAAAUCCUAUCACUAAAAGUAAAAUCGGGGUAUCAGUCAUGGCAACCCCUAUUUAUGCUUACUUCUAUUUUAUAAACACAGCAACUUUCAUGACAGCAACUUGCUUAGUGUUUUUCUUGCUUCCUGAUGAAACCAUAAAUCUGCUUGCCAUACCAGUCCUCUUAUUCAUUCUCUGUUACAUGCUGUCAAUGAUAUACUUAGCUCCAUUUUCAAUUUGUAAUUUUAUUUUCCCCUAUGCCUCUGCACUUCGACCACUUUCACCUAUUCUUGUUGCUAUUGUCAUCUUCCUUCUUGUGUGUGCGCCUAAGUUUUUGGCCCGUUAUCUCCGAUCCCGGAGGAGUUUGCUCUUAUCGUCAUAGAUGUUAAUUAUGUUUCUCCUCGUCCUCAAACUAACAAUUUUAUUUUUUUUUCUGUGCACGACCCCUAUAUUACGAAUAGUUAAAAUGUAAUUUUUCUCUCCUAUAUAUUAAGAAUUUGAUCAUCAUAACUUAUAAGGGAAUAUAUUUUUGCUUAUCUU